ACUUGUUGGCCCGGCAGAUCAGACGGAAGCUUCAAUCAAGUCCACUCAUUCAGCUCACUUUGUGGGAGCGGAUCUAUAUCGAAAGAAAACUCCGCGGAUCGUUCAAAAGAUAUUCCCUGAGCACCGAAGGCCAAGGAACUAUGAGUGCAAACGACAUUGCUGAGCUUGAAGCCUCUAGCGAUUGCACACCAAUCUUCCUCUUCAGGGCCUAUACAUUGGACGGUAUGAAGCACACCAACGGUCUUACAACCCCCAGACUGUACGCGCCAAGCGCGGCGUUCAUCCCGGACCUGAAGCACAGAGCUGGCAACAUGGAUUUCUUACAGAUGCGAAGAUCCAUUUAUGAUAUCCCACAAGAGGAGUUGAGGCCCAUGUUAGGUGAUCACCUACUCUGGAAGGACCGUAUCCAAGACGAGCUCCUGUCACAUACCUCAUCCUGUCUUUUUGGCAUCGUUCACCUUCUACUCAGACAUCUCAAAGGUCAAGGAGAGGGCUACCUUGCAAUCAUCAAUCGGACGAGGGCCUUCCGAUUGGAACGAUGGUACAAACAGCAGCCAGAGAACGCAAAAGAGCCCGGCUUGGUGAGAUUUCAUUAUGGCCCUAGACUAUGCGACAAGAUUGACAUCUUCAACCACAACUGGGUCUGUCAAAUGAGCGUCCCUGGCCUGCACUACAGGAAGUUUACACAUGAGUAUAUCACUCAAGGUUUGUUUGGAUAUCCAGAAGACGAUGUGCUUCAGCAUGCUUCAUGGGCGGAUCUCGUAUCCGCAGGAAUAUUUGAGCUCCUCCCAGAUCUCAAGGUACAAUGUCGUGAGAGGCCAUCCGGCCUCUAUACUACUCUACGCGGACUCCGAAGCAGCAACUUCGAGCGUACCCGCGCGUCGAAGAUCACCGAGAAUGAGAUGGAGGCCGCUGAGAAGUUGGCGUGGCUGCACACGCUUUCUUCGGCAGAAGAGAAGGAAGAAGGUGACCGACCGCAAUUGUGGGCUCUCCUCAACUACCUCACAUUCCGUAAGAGAGAAGCUGGAGACGAGUUGUUCCAGGAUCGCAUCCGUCAACUUGGAUACACCCGUAGUGACUUCGACGAAGGCCUUCAUGCUGGUUUCGAGGUUCUGCCCUCGAACCUGCCAGAACUCCAUUCAUUGUACCAUCUGGCAGCAGAUGUACAAUCUGUUGUCGGCGGUCAGCCGCUGAACCCCUUGGUCUUGGUCCGGACUUUUGCACAGAAUCCACGAUCGCAGGCGCUGAUGCUGAGAAACGAUGCUGACUACGAAGCUCUCUGCACACCCACGCUCACUUCGAGCUCAGAAGGUUAUGAGAUCAAACAAAGAUGUGGUCUCACAUGCGAUUGCUACAUCUGGGGUAAGAUCAGAAAGCGUAAGCAUGCUCCGAUCGGAGGAACCGUCGAUCAGGAAGACAACGACGACAAUGUGGAUCAAGAUAGUGUGGACGCACUCGAAAAAACGGGUGAUGGGGAUCUGAAAGAAGGCCUUGGAGGUUUGGACCACGACCUGAAGAGACAAAAGACAGCCCCAACGCUGUCCAUCAUCGACUCAGUGAGCGAGAGCGAGGUCGAUUUUCGAAGGUAUAAAAGCACAACGAUCGCGAAUGACGGCGAGGAUUCCAGCAACCUAAUCUCGUCUCGGAGUCUCUAGGAGGAAGACGAGAUCGGAAAGUCUUGCAUGGCGCAGAUCCAGAAGCAGACGGUUCUCGAGGAGACCAAUACUUUGCUACUUACAUACAAAUAUGUGGGUAGAAGUUACUACUACUAAUCUUGGUAGUAAGAAUAACGACGCAGACGAAAACUAGGAGAAGGAACUCUCGAAACAUUUCGAUUAGCAAUCA